AUAAAUAGAUGGAGAAGGCAGGAACAGUUUCCGAAGCCGACUCCUCCGGCGUCUUAUCAGCUUCCCAGAGCCACUGAUCUCUCUCGUUGAGACAAACCAGAGGCGGCAAUGUCGGCCUGUCCAUGGAUUCUCGUUGUCUUCUUCUCAUUACUGUUCGUUUCUGCUCACGCCGAUAGUAAAAAUAACCCAGCAGACGAACUUGUGGCAGUGCUUAACAGCAACAGAACCGCACAUAAAUCCUCUUCACUUGCUGACAAUCCAGGCCUAGGCUGCAUUGCAUUGCAGUAUAUCAAAGCAUAUGAGGGCGAUUGCGAUGAAGUGGGAGGAAACAAUGCCAAAAAGCCUGCUGAUGCCGAAUUUGCACAGACAUUUGCACCCAAUUGUGGAGUUGAAGUUUCAACCCUUAGCCUUAUCACAGGCCGUAUACUUGGUUGUCAGUCCAAAUAUGUGAGUCCUUCUGAAGCAUUCUCAAACGUUCUGAUGCGCGACAACAAGAGUUUGGAAAUACUGUACAGUAAAAAUCACACAGAAGUGGGGGCUGGCGUAAGUGGCUCUGAUGGUGGAGCUCCAUAUUUCUGGUGCGUGCUCUUCAGUAAUGGCAAAGGCAAUAGCAGCUUUGUUUUGCAGGAUGGGGUGGCGAAGACACAGCGGCCUGGUUGCUUUAGUGGCAACAAUGAUGACUGCAGUGGGGCUAAUGUACGGCAUAGCUCUCCCAUAUCACUUGCCAUUGGAGUAUUGAUUGCACUAUUUUACGCAUUGGGAUUAUGAUCACUUGAUCUUUGGAUUGGGUUGCCCAGGCUUGAUUGCUAGCUGCAUUACCUGUUUUGUAUCAUUUGAUUUUUUUAGGUAAUUCUUUUGUGUCGAGUGUGACUACCUGAAUUGUAUCUGUACCACUUUCUUCUUUUAAGGUGCCCUUCCUCA